CAGGUCCUUCUUCUCCAGGUCACCCACAUCUCUUCAGGAUGAAAGCAGUGGUGCUGACCGUGGCCGUGCUCUUCCUCACGGGGAGCCAGGCUCGGUAUUUCUGGCAGCAAGAUGAACCCCAGUCAUCUUGGGAUCGAGUGAAGGAUUUAGCCACCGUGUACCUGGACGCCGUCAAAGACAGCAGCAGAGACUAUAUGAGCCAGUUUGAAGCCUCCGCCUUGGGAAAACAGCUGAACCUGAAACUCCUGGAAAACUGGGACACCUUGAGCGCCGCCGUCAGCAAGCUGCGCGAACAGCUAGGCCCAGCUACCCAGGAGUUCUGGGACAACCUGGAAAAGGACACAGAGGGGCUGAGGCAGGAGUUGAACAAGGAUCUGGAGCAGCUGAAGCAGCAGGUGGAGCCCUUUCUGGACGACUUCCAGAAGAAGUGGCAGGCGGAGCUGGAGACCUACCGCCAGAAGGUGGCGCCGCUGAGCGAGGAGCUCCGCGAGGGCGCGCGCCAGAAGCUGCAGGAGCUGCAAGAGAAGCUGAGCCCGCUGGCCCAGGAGGCGCGCGACCGCCUGCGCGCCCACGUGGAAGAGCUGCGCGUGCAGAUGACGCCCUUCAGCCAAGAGCUGCGCCAGCGCCUGGCCUCCCGGCUCCAGGAGCUCAAGGCGGGCGGCGGCGCCACCCUGUCCCAAUACUACGCCAAGGUCACCGCGCAGCUGAAAGCGCUCAGCGAGAAGGCCCAGCCCCCGCUGGAGGACCUCCGCCAGGGCCUGCAGCCCAUGUUGGAGAGCUUCAAGGCCAACGUCCUUUCUGCCAUCGAUGAGGCCUCCAAGCAGCUGACCGCCCAGUGAGACGCCCAUCGCCACGGGGACUCCUCCCGUGGGCCCCGGGACCCAAGGGGCUCUCUCCUCGGGUUCCCCUUUCCGUCGGUUUCUUAGAAUAAAUGUUUCCAAAGUGGGAUGCA